GUGGGAGAUUGCUUUGGGUUCGUCUCAUUUAAAAAAAAUCUGCUUUGGUUGGGUUUUUAAUAUUUUUCCAGCAAACUCUGCCCAUUUUUUCUCAUCGGUUUAGUUGACAGCGCAACACAAUUUGUGCAGAAUCUUGAGAGUAUUUUUGGGACAGUUUUCCCGAGAGAAUUAUUAAGUUACUAUUGAAUGGUUACAGCUACCGGUGAUGCUGUAAAUGCAAUGGUUGCCACGCAUAUGUUUAAAGUGACAAACGGCUUGGUUUUCCAGAUGGACACAUCCUCUCACAUGGUUUGUUACUUGGUUAGGACUAAGCAGUACAAUUAGGGAAAAUAAGGUGCUUACAAACAAAAUAAUGGCCAAAACACUUACACUGAUGCAAACCACGUUCGCUGCAGGUGUUUUCUCUGCAGUUUCUUUCUGGUAUGGGUUUAUGUUUGGACGGGAAUCUGCCAGGAAAGAACUGGGAAGCAAAAUUGAGGAGCUACGAAGCAUUGCCAAUGAUCAACAGAGUUAAAGAAGAAAAAUAAUUGAAAAUAAAGCUGUCUGUAUGAAUACUGGUAUGAUAUGAUCUUGAAUUUAGAUCUGGAAUAAGUUAUGACUCUUUUUUUUGGUGGAAGAAUGGACUCUACUGAAAAAGUGGAUGAAGUACAUACAACUCGGAAAAAAUGGAAGAAAAUUGCUUAUGGAGGAAUGCAAACUGGUUAUGAGGAUAACUACACUGAUGAAUCAUUUUUGGAAGACAUGG